UUCCUCAUUUCACAAUCUGUUCUCCCUCAUUUCAGCACGCAGCCCUUGUUCGCUCCAGAGAGAAGGUUGUAUCACCAUGGGGUCCAUCAAUGAAAGUAUCAACACAUUUUCUCUUAAAAUGUAUGAUGAAUUGGGCAGCUCAAGCAAUGCCAGAAACAUAAUCUUCUCACCCUUAAGCAUGACAUCAUCUUUGUCGAUGUUGCUGUUAGGCACCCAGGGAAACACCGCCUCUCAACUUACAAAAGUUCUCGGACUUCCUGAAACAGGAGACAACCGUCAAGCUGGAUGUAAAGGUGGACCAAAAGCUCAAGGUGUACAACUUGAGCAAAGAGUUCAGAGACAGAGGGCACCUCUGUGCGAUCAGUUUCCAGAUGUGCAUCAUAAGUUUCAAGCUCUCUUGUCUAAACUUACCUCUCUUACAAAAGAUGCAGAACUUAAAAUUGCCAAUGGAAUGUAUGCACAAAAACAAUUCCCAUUUCUGCAGCAAUACCUGACGUGUACCCAGUUGCUUUAUCAUGCCAAGCUGGAAUCUGUGGAUUUCCAAAAAGAGGAAACAAGAGAAGAUAUAAACCUAUGGGUGGAAUCUCAAACACAAGGUAAAAUCAAGGAAUUAUUUCCUGCAAACUCAAUUGACACUAAUACUUCAUUGAUUCUGGUGAAUGCAAUCUAUUUCAAGGGUCCAUGGAAGAACCCAUUUAAAGUGGAAGAUACAAACGAUGCACCCUUCUAUGUGAGCAAGGAUGUAGUGAAAAUGGUUCCAAUGAUGACCCAAACCACUAAGUGCAAUUUAGGAGUCCUAGAGGAACUGGGAGCCCAUAUUCUUGAGUUAUCAUAUGGAGAUGGUGGCUUGAGUAUGUUUAUACUUCUCACAGAUGAAAAAUUUGGUCUUGAAAAAGUUGAGCCCAAGUUAAGCUCUGAGUCUUUGGCCCUGUGGACAAGUUCUGAAAACAUGAUCAAUACAAAAGUUGAGAUCUACCUGCCACGUUUCAAACUCGAACAAAGCAUUGAUCUUGGCUCACAUCUAAUAAACAUGGGAAUGGUGGAUGCUUUUAGCCCAGAGAAGGCUAAUUUGUCUGGUAUUUCAGAUGUUGGCCUGUAUGUUUCAAAGGUGGUACACAAAGCUUUUGUUGAUGUUAAUGAAGAAGGCACUGAAGCAGCUGCUGCAACUGGCAUUGUCAUCGUUCCGAAAAUGCUUGUAUUCCCUCAUAAAUUCAAUGCAAACCACCCAUUUAUGUUUUUUAUUAAACACAAUGAGACUAACACCUUUCUCUUCCAUGGGAAGUUUUAUUCCCCAUAAGGGAAUUCUAAAUACUGAAAAGCAAAGCUAUCUCCACUAUCAUUUUUACAACGCUUGGCAUUUCUAAAUGUGGUUGCCAUAUUUCAAACCAGAAGAAACCAAGUAUAAUAUGUAGAAAACACGCUAACAUAACGCUUCCAGCUCUACGAUGCUUCAGUGUAGCGCCACACGUUUGGCAGUAACAGUACAACUGCAGCAAUAGCUGUUUACUAUGAUGUGCUCUAUAUUUUAGAGAUUAUUAUACCUUACACCAUAUUUUUAUUAAGCCUUACACACUUUGGAAACAUUUCUCCAGUCUCUGUAUUCAGAUUUACUCUGAUGCAAUUUUGCUUCAUAUUUGUUGCAUUACUUUGUUGAAGAAUAAAAUCUUGUCUUUUAAUCAGA